GGAGACGGCUCCUCCCCCUGGUGGCGGGGCGAGGGAACGUGGCAGCCGUCCGAACCCGCCCCUCCAUUUCGCACCGGGCGCCGAGCGGGAGGCCGAGGACAAAUUCUGGAGCACGAUGGAAAGUGUCAUUCUGUGAACAGGGAACCAGCAAGAGGGCAGGAUUGUAUUGCUGGAAAAAAAAAAAUGAUGGAAGAGAGCGGGAUAGAGACAACGCCCCCCACGACUCCCCCGCCCACCACGGCCUGGGCUGCUGCUCCUCCCGCACCCCCAGCCUCACUAGCAGCUGCUCUCCCUGUUCCAAAGGAACCGCCCUCUUCCUCUUUCCCUUCUCCCGUCUUCUCCCCCACCGCCCCCCCAAUGGUCUCCUCCCUCCCUUCUGCACCCCCCACUUCCCUUUUGCCUUCUGCAGCCAUCUGCACCAGCUCCCCUCCUGGGAUGCCCGGCCCGCCGUCGGUCGCUACCCCGAUGACCGCUGCUUUUGGUAACCCCGUGACUCAGUUUCCAGCAGCUUCGCCUCCGCCAAGCUCUGCUCCCAGGCCGCCAGGAUUCCCCACGCCUCCCACCGGGCCUCCGGUCUCCGGGUUUUCCAUGAAUUCCAACUAUGACAUCACUAAAGGCCACGCCGGACGAGCACCCCAGACCCCUCUGAUGCCCUCCUACUCGGCCCUGCCUGUGACAGGUGUCUUGACAAGCCCUCUGUCCCAGCCAGUCCCUAUGUCUGCGCCCACCUUAGCGAGCGGCUCUUCCAUCACUUUUCCGGAGGAUCAUGGAGGCCCCCAAUGUAUUGGGGUGCACAACGAAGCAUCCGCGGGAGGACUGUGGGGCUUCAUAAAAGGCGUGGCUGGCAAUCCUGUGGUCAAGUCAGUGCUGGAUAAAACCAAACACUCAAUGGAGACCAUGAUCACAACGCUGGAUCCUGGCAUGGCCCCAUAUAUCAAAUCAGGAGGAGAGCUGGACAUCGUGGUCACCUCUCUGAAGGAAAUCAAGGUCGCUGCUGUGAGACAAGCUUUCCAGGAGGUUUUUGGCAUGGCUACUGUAACAGGGGAGGACGGCCACUCCAACAUAGCCCCCCAGCCUGUUGGCUACGCAGCUGGACUGAAAGGGGCCCAAGAGAGGCUGGACGGUUUACGCAGGACGGGAGUCAUCCACCAGAAGCAACCAGGCCUGUCCGUCGAGAGUUUUAUUGCAGAAUUGCUCCCUGACAAGUGGUUUGAUAUUGGCUGCCUGAUCCUGGAGGACCCAGUUCACGGGAUUCACCUGGAAACCUUUACUCAGGCCACACCCAUACCUCUGGAAUACAUACAACAGGCGCAGAGUUUGACCCCCGCGGACUACAACCUCCGAUGGUCGGGUUUAUUGGUGACGGUGGGCGACGUGAUUGCCAGGAACUUGCCGCACGUCAACCGCACCGACUGGCACGCGGCAUUCACUGGCAUGUCUCGCCAACAGAUGAUCUACAGCGCAGCCAAAGCGAUGGCAGGGAUGUAUAAGCAGCGUUUACCCCAAAGGACCAUUUGAAAAUAAAAUCAAAAAUGCCCCAAGCCCCAGGGGAACCCAAAGAACAGGGUUGGAGGGAGAGGGGGGGGGGACACUGUUUACUCAUCAUUCUUCACCCUGGUGCUACCCCAGUGAGUUGGGACUGGAACGCCUGAGUUUGUAGACCAGCAGUCUGGGUGAGGCAGCAGGUUGGAGAAGGUUGCAUUAAUUAAAAUAACAUUCAAGCUAAAACAGUAAUGUUGCUAAGCUAAACAUUUGGGUCACCAAAUAUAUUUUAGCCUGUAAUUAGGGCUGGAGCAGUUCCAUGUGGAAUACUUUUGAGCUCCAAAAUCAGAAAAACCAAUUUCUUAAGUGUUUUUAUGCUCGUUAAGAAUUGGGCGAUCAAGAUGAAUAUUUGGCCUUGUGAAAUGACCCCUUUUAAGUUUUGUAUGCAUCUUACUUCCUUCUAGGGCAGGGGUAGGCCACCUUGGCUCUUUUAUGACUCGUGGACUUCAACUCCCAGAAUUCCUGAGCCAGCCAUGGCUCAGCUUGGAAACCUCUCCCUUUCCCCUCAGCAUGGCUGGCUCAGG